AUAUUGAAGGCUGUGUCUUAAGUCAUUGUUUAUAAGUAGAAUUAAACCGUUUGGGAUUGCACGAGUUAAAGAAUGAAAUUCACUGAAACGAAGUUAAACUAAUAAAAUCUGUAAACAUGUUAUAAUGUGUGAAUAUGUUUGGUGGCGCUCUGCUUGUAGUUCCUGCUGAUGUCACCAGAGGGCGCCAUGACAUCAUCACCAGCUCAGAGAUGAAGACAAACUGGGAACUUUGGGUUAGUUUGAUGCUGUCCCUCUCUGGGCGUUUCCUCUUGUUUCCAGAGUUUGUGACGCAGCUUUUUCUCUCCGUGUGAAGCUCCAGCUGAAGGAACCAUCAGAGACCAGACCCUGCUGAACCUGAACCUGAACCUGAACCUGAACCUGAACCCAGCUGUGUGUCCAUGAAGAGUAACCGGUCCAUGGAGCCACCACUACUUUAAUAAAAGACCUGUAAGGGAGAGGAGAAUAGAAAUGGAGGAGAGGCUACUUGAAAUGGAGGAGAGAGGAUUGAUGGAGAGACUUGAAUGGAAGAAGGAGAGAAUUGCAAUGGAAAGGGAAAUUGAAAUGUUAAGAAGAAGAUUGAGGACCCAGAAGAGACCAGAGUCUCCUGAACCUGGACCUGGACCUGGACCUGAACCUGAACCUGAACCUGAACCCAGCUGUGUGUCCUUUAAGAGCGACCGGUCACAGAGACGCUCUAUUAACUUUAAAGGUCAACAACCCACUACUGAAAAGAGGAUCCAUCAAAGACCAGACUCUGCUGAACCUGAACCCAGCUGUGUGUCCUUCAGGAGCGACCAGUCAUAUCAUCGCUUUAUUAACUUUAAAGGUCAACAACCCUCUGCUGAAAAGAGGAUCCAUCAAAGACCAGACUCUGCUGAACCUGAACCCAGCUGUGUGUCCUUCAAGAGUGACCUGUCAUAUGAUUACUAUAUUAAAUUUAAAGGUCAACAACCCUCUGCUGAAAAGAGGAUCCAUCAAAGACCAGACUCUGCUGAACCUGAACCCAGCUGUGUGUCCUUCAAGAGUGACAGGUCAAAAGAACUCAGCAUUUACUUUAAAGGUCAACAACCCUCUGCUGAAAAGAGAGUGGACCAGGAGAGCUCAGAGGUUCCCAGUGGUCAGUCUGCCAAGCAGCAUCAAACACACCUGGACUCCAUAUUUAUGCUGCUGGAGAAGAACAUCAUCUCUUUUGUGAAGAACGAGCUGAAGAAUAUCCAGAAGGCUCUGAGUUCAGAUUACCCAGAAUGCUCAGAGAAUCAGAGGGAGGGUGAGGAUGAAGAGCAGAGGAGCAGAAGAGAGGCAUUUCUGAAGAUCACACUGCACUUCCUGAGGAGAAUGAAGCAGGACGAGCUGGCUGACCGUCUGCAGAGCAUAUGCUCCUGUUUCUUUAUAAAUCACUUCCUGAUGUUCUUUCAGAAGAAGUUCCAGUGUGUGUUUGAGGGGAUUGCUAAAGCAGGAAACCCAACCCUUCUGAAUCAGAUGUUCACAGAGAUCUACAUCACAAAGGGAGGGACUGCAGAGGUCAAUGCUGAACAUGAGGUCAGACAGAUUGAAACAGCAUCCAGGAAACCAAACAGACCAGAAACAACAAUCAGACAAGAAGACAUCUUUAAAGCCCCACCUGGAAGACAUGAACCAAUCAGAACAGUGAUGACUAAGGGAGUGGCUGGCAUCGGGAAAACAGUCUUAACACAGAAGUUCACUCUGGACUGGGCUGAAGGCAAAGCCAACCAGGACAUCCAGUUCACAUUUCCAUUCACUUUCAGAGAGAUGAAUGUGCUGAAAGAGAAGAAGUACAGCUUGGUGGAACUUGUUGAUCACUUCUUCAGUGAAACCAAAGAAGCAGGAAUCUGCAGGUUUAAAGAGUUCCAGGUUGUGUUCAUCUUUGACGGUCUGGAUGAGUGUCGACUUCCUCUGGACUUCCACAACACUGAGGUCCUGACUGAUGUUACAGAGUCCACCUCAGUGGGUGUGCUGCUGACAAACCUCAUCAGGGGGAAUCUCCUUCCCUCUGCUCACCUCUGGAUAACCACACGACCUGCUGCAGCCAAUCAGAUCCCUGCUGAGUGUGUUGACAUGGUGACAGAGGUCAGAGGGUUCACUGACCCACAGAAGGAGGAGUACUUCAGGAAGAGAUUCAGAGAUAAGGAGCAGGCCAGCAGAAUCAUCUCCCACAUCAAGAAAUCACGAAGCCUCCACAUCAUGUGCCACAUCCCAGUCUUCUGCUGGAUCACUGCUACAGUUCUGGAGGAUGUGUUGAAGACCAGAGGGGGAGGAGAGCUUCCCAGGACCCUGACUGAGAUGUACAUCCAUUUCCUGGUGGUUCAGUCCAAAGUGAAGAACAUUAAGUAUGAUGGAGGAACUGAGAUAGAUCCACACUGGAGUGCAGAGAGCAGGAAGAUGAUUGAGUCUCUGGGAAAACUGGCUUUUGAGCAGCUGCAGAAAGGCAACCUGAUCUUCUAUGAAUCAGACCUGACAGAGUGUGGCAUCAACAUCACAGCAGCCUCAGUUUGCUCAGGAGUGUUCACACAGAUCUUUAAAGAGGAGAAAGGACUGUACCAGGACAAGGUGUUCAGCUUCGUCCAUUUGAGUGUUCAGGAGUUUCUGGCUGCUCUUCAUGUCCAUCUGACAUUCAUCAACUCUGGAGUCAACCUGCUGUCAGGAAAAAAAACAACAUCAACAUGUUUCUACCAGAGUGCUGUGGACAAGGCCUUACAGAGUCCAAAUGGACACCUGGACUUGUUCCUCCGCUUCCUCCUGGGUCUUUCACUGCAGACCAAUCAGAAUCUUCUACGAGGUCUGAUGACACAGACAGGAAGUAGCUCAGAGACCAAGCAGGAAACAGUUGAGUACAUCAAGAAGAAGAUCAGUGAGAAUCUGUCUGCAGAGAGAAGCAUCAAUCUGUUCCACUGUCUGAAUGAACUGAAUGAUCGUUCUCUAGUGGAGGAGAUCCAACAGUCCCUGAGUUCAGGAUGUCUCUCCACAGAUUAUCUGUCUCCUGCUCAGUGGUCAGCUCUGGGCUUCAUCUUACUGUCAUCAGAUGAAGAUCUGGACGUGUUUGACCUGAAGAAAUUCUCUGCUUCAGAGGAGGCUCUUCUGAGGCUGCUGCCAGUGAUCAAAGCCUCCAACAAAGCUCUGUAA